AUGGCAGCCUCAAAUAAGGCAGUUGUGGGGCCAUUGGUGGGGGCAGUGGACCAGGGCACCAGUUCGACACGCUUUUUGGUUUUCAAUUCAAAAACAGCUGAACUGCUCAGUCAUCAUCAAGUGGAAAUAAAACAAGAGUUUCCCAGAGAAGGAUGGGUGGAACAAGACCCUAAGGAAAUCCUGCUUUCUGUCUAUGAGUGUAUAGAGAAAACAUGUGAGAAACUCGGACAGCUCAAUAUUGAUAUUUCCAACAUCAAAGCUAUUGGCGUCAGCAACCAGAGAGAAACCACUGUAGUCUGGGACAAGUUAACUGGAGAGCCCCUCUACAAUGCUGUAGUGUGGCUUGAUCUAAGAACACAGUCUACUGUUGAGAGUCUUGGUAAAAGGAUUCCAAGAAGUAAUAACUUUGUCAAGUCCAAGACAGGCCUUCCCCUUAGCACUUACUUCAGCGCCGUGAAACUUCGUUGGCUCCUUGACAAUGUGAGAAAAGUUCAAAAGGCUGUUAAAGAAAAACGAGCGCUUUUUGGGACUAUUGAUUCAUGGCUUAUCUGGAGUUUGACGGGAGGAGUCAAUGGAGGCGUCCACCAUACGGAUGUAACAAACGCAAGUAGGACUAUGCUUUUCAAUAUUCAUUCUUUGGAAUGGGAUAAACAGCUCUGUGAAUUUUUUGGAAUUCCAAUGGAAAUUCUUCCAAAUGUCCGGAGUUCUUCUGAGAUCUAUGGUCUAAUGAAAGCUGGGGCCCUGGAAGGUGUGCCAAUAUCUGGGUGUUUAGGGGACCAGUCUGCUGCCUUGGUGGGACAAAUGUGCUUCCAGAAUGGACAAGCCAAAAAUACGUAUGGAACAGGAUGUUUCUUACUAUGUAAUACAGGCCAUACGUGUGUAUUUUCUGAUCAUGGCCUUCUCACCACAGUGGCUUACAAACUUGGCAGAGACAAACCAGUAUACUAUGCAUUGGAAGGUUCUGUAGCUAUAGCUGGUGCUGUUAUUCGCUGGCUAAGAGACAAUCUUGGAAUCAUAAAGACCUCAGAAGAAAUUGAAAAACUUGCUAAAGAAGUAGGCACUUCUUAUGGGUGCUACUUCGUCCCAGCAUUUUCGGGGUUAUAUGCACCUUAUUGGGAGCCCAGUGCAAGAGGGAUAAUCUGCGGACUCACUCAGUUCACCAAUAAAUGCCAUAUUGCUUUUGCUGCCUUAGAAGCUGUUUGUUUCCAAACUCGAGAGAUUUUGGAUGCCAUGAAUCGAGACUGUGGAGUUCCACUCAGCCAUUUGCAGGUAGAUGGAGGAAUGACCAGCAACAAAAUUCUUAUGCAGUUACAAGCAGACAUUCUCUACAUUCCGGUAGUGAAGUCCCUGAUGCCUGAAACCACUGCACUGGGUGCCGCCAUGGCAGCAGGGGCUGCGGAAGGAGUCGGCGUGUGGAGUCUUGAACCUGAGGAUUUGGCCACCGUCACGAUGGAACGGUUUGAACCUCAGAUUAAUGCUGAGGAAAGUGAAAUUCGUUAUUCUACAUGGAAGAAAGCGGUGACGAAGUCAAUGGGUUGGGUUACAACUCAAACUCCAGAAAGUGGUGACCCUUGUAUCUUCUGCAGUCUGCCCUUGGGCUUUUUUAUAGUGAGUAGCAUGGUAAUGUUAAUUGGAGCAAGGUACAUCUCAGGUAUCCCAUAA